AUGGGAAGCAUCACCGGCCCAAUGCGCUCUCUACGGAGCUACACAAACAUUUCAUUGGAAGAGCUGUCUGCUCAGAACAUCCGAGACGUGAUAUUAAACACAAACCACCCUUCUGACUUGACUUUCCAAAAUAUAACCCCUUCUACCGGAUUUCGGAUCGCAACCUCAUUUGUAGAGGAUCCUGAGAUUGAAAGGGCUCAUCCUCGGAUUUCCUAUAACCCAUUGACCCAAGCCCUGACUGCCCGAGUUAUGCCAACUCUGGUUGAUGACUGCCAUCAGGAGUGGCUUUCGAAUGAGCUGCUUGACAUGGUUCUGGCCGGGUUUAUGACAGUAGCAGAAAGAAAGGAACUCAAGCUCCGGGUUAGAACAACUCUCAAGGGUUUUGCAGCUCCAUACACCUAUGCUACAAAAGAACCUGAUGCAUGUAUCCUCCCAGGCACCUUACCCUUACCAACAGUUGUUGUUGAAACAGGCUGGUUAGAGUCUUGGCCACGGUUGGAUGCUGACAAGGAUCUCUGGCUUGUCGGAGGUGCAUCUGUGGAACUGGUACUAUUGAUUCGAUGGACAAUGCUGCCAUGCUUGAAUUGA